AACAAUGACAUAACUAAUCGUACCUGUGUCACUCUAUAAUGCCUUUUAAAAGUACAUAACUGUCUUCAUGUACUGUUCUUUUCCAUGCCCAUGCUCCUAGAUUAGAACGAAUCCGCUCCAGAUGCACAGGGACUCCACCCCGUGUUUCCCAUGUUGCUUUGCUCCUGCUGUCAAUGAACAGCUAAGCGUCCUCUGGGUUUGGUUCUUCUAUGUGUUCCCAUCGCUCCGCCUCCUGCUUCCCCCCCUUUCCUCCCUCUCCAUCACUCCCUCAUUGCAUCCAUUUUUGUGUAUUUAAGAAAUCUCCAAGAAUUAACCAACCUGGAUGAAAACGAGCCAAGCUGAGUGACAGAGGAGGCGUCAGGACUCCAAAAACAAACAAGGACCGGACGGACCUUACAUUUGAUUUCAAUAUGCGAGUGAAAUUCUAAGGAAUGGCAGCGAUGGGUUAGACAGGAUUUAACAUGACUGCAAAGUAAAAGCCACUGUGAGUCAAAGAUGUCCGCUCCACAAGGGCCCAAGGGCGGCCCUGGCCCUACUGCCUCAGCGGCCGGCGCCAUGCCGGAGAUGCCGGACCUCAGCCACCUCACCGAGGAGGAGAGGAAAAUCAUCCUCGGUGUCAUGGACCGACAGAAGAAGGAAGAGGCGAAGGAACAGUCCAUGUUAAAGAUCAAAGAAGAACCAAAGCCUCAGUCAGCACAGUGGUUUCCCUUUAGUGGGAUUACAGAGCUGGUAAAUAAUGUUCUUCAGCCACAGCAAAAGUCCCAAAAUGACAAGGAGCCCGAACCAGACGCGAAGUUGCACCAGCAGUUUGAGUCAUACAAGGACCAGGUCAAGAAGAUGGGGGACGAGACAAAGCAGGCUCAGGAACAGAAGAGCGAAGCCCCAACCUGCGGGAUAUGCCACAAAACCAAAUUUGCCGACGGCUGUGGCCACCUCUGUUCAUAUUGCCAAACGAAAUUCUGUGCUCGGUGCGGAGGACGAGUGUCUCUGCGGUCAAAUAAGGUGAUGUGGGUAUGCAACUUGUGCCGAAAACAACAAGAAAUCCUCACCAAAUCUGGGGCAUGGUUUUAUGGCUCGGUGCCUGGUCAGGUGCGGCGUGUGUUUGAAGGCGGGCCGCAGGGGAAGAAGGCCAAACUGCAGGACCCGUCACUGUACCCUUACCAGGGAGCCUCAGGGGACUUGACACCAGCGUCAGACAGAAGCAGACGUCACGGCGGGCUUCUGCCCAGACAGGUGUCCCUCGACAAUGGGUCACUGAGGUACUCCGGACACGGUGACGUACCCGUUGACAGGAAACGAAGCCCAUCUGCAUCCAGGGAUCCAAACCAAAUAUACGACCAAAGGGAGGGGGGGGACCAUUCGCAGUAUGCGCCGACAGACGGCAGCAUGCCCAGAUCACCGUCUGACUACGGAGAUGGGGACCCUCGGCGGGUUCCGCGGGGCCCACACAUGUACCCAGAUGUGAAUUCAGCAUGGACUGGCUACAGAGACCGGCAGGGUCCUGGACGCUGGCACUCCCAGGAAUACCCUCUGGACCAGGAGCUAGAUGGGCCACAUAACGAGUAUGAGCUCCAGAGACAGCGACAAGAGGAGUUCCAGACACGCUAUCGCAGUGACCCCAACCUGGCACGCUACCCUGUGAAGCCGCAGCCGUAUGAAGAGCAGAUGAGAAUGCAUGCGGAGGUGGGCCGCCUGAGGCACGAGAGACGUCAUAGCGAUGUCUCUCUUGCUUACACGGAGCAGGACGACCCCGCCCCCAUCCGGUUGUCACGUCAACAUCUCACUGAACGCCGUCCGCCUAUGGUGGGACAGCGAUCUUACUCGGUUGACCGCUCCUCCCCAGGACCUAUGGGUCCUGGUCUUGGAGGCCACAGAACAUCAAACCACAGUCCCCCGACCCCACACCGCAGCCCUGUGCUGGGUGACCGAUCUGGGGAUCUUCGGAGGGGUGACCUGGGUGGAGGCGGGGAUCCUAUGAGGAGACAACAACACCACUUAGACCCCAGCUCAGCUGUCCGCAAAACCAAGAGGGAGAAGAUGGAGAGCAUGUUGAGGAAUGACUCGCUGAGCUCGGAUCAGUCGGAGUCGGUGCGGCCGCCGCCCCCCAAGCCCCAUAAAACCAAAAAGGGAGGGAAGAUGCGGCAGGUGUCGCUGAGUAGCUCGGAGGAGGAGCUGGCAACUACACCUGAGUACACCAGCUGUGAGGAUGUGGAGAUAGAGAGUGAGUCAGUCAGUGAGAAAGGGGACAGUCAAAGGGGAAAAAGAAAAACAAUUGAACAGGCAUUUAUGUCUGAGCCGGCACACACCUUAUCUGAGAGGCAAAAGAAAAUGGUGCGCUUUGGGGGACACUCAUUUGAAGAGGACUUGGCGUGGUGUGAGCCGCAAGUUAAAGACUCAGGAGUUGAUACGUGCAGUAGCACUACCCUAAACGAGGAGCAUAGCCAUAGUGAGAAGCAUCCGGUGACAUGGCAGCCGUCCAAAGAUGGGGAUCGCCUAAUAGGGCGCAUUUUGCUCAAUAAAAGAAUGAAAGAUGGAAGUGUGCCUAGAGACUCGGGAGCUCUGCUCGGUCUUAAGGUGGUCGGAGGCAAGAUGACGGAAUCUGGUAGACUUUGUGCUUUCAUCACUAAAGUGAGGAAAGGAAGUCUAGCGGAUACCGUAGGACACCUCAGGCCAGGUGACCAGGUGCUGGAGUGGAAUGGGAAGCUUUUACAAGGAGCCACAUUUAAAGAAGUUUACAAUAUCAUUCUAGAAUCCAAGCCUGAGCCACAAGUGGAACUCGUGGUCUCACGGCCCAUAGGAGAUAUUCCAAGGAUACCAGACAGCACACAUGCACAACUGGAAUCAAGUUCUAGUUCUUUUGAGUCCCAAAAGAUGGAUCGCCCGUCCAUUUCUGUCACAUCCCCCAUGAGUCCCAACAUGCUGAGGGAUGCCCCCCAGUACUUGUCAGGACAGCUCUCAAGCCAAAGCCUUAGUAGAAGAACAACGCCUAUUCCCCCUAGGGUCCAGGUCAAACUGUGGUACGACAAAGUCGGCCAUCAACUAAUAGUCACCAUCCUGGGAGCCAAGGACCUCCCACCCAGGGAAGAUGGUCGGCCCAGGAAUCCUUAUGUUAAAAUCUACUUCCUCCCCGAUAGAAGUGACAAAAGCAAGAGGAGAACAAAAACAGUGAAGAAAUCCUUAGAGCCCAAAUGGAACCAGACCUUUAUGUAUUCACCGGUGCACCGGCGGGAGUUUCGGGAACGUAUGUUGGAGAUCACGUUGUGGGACCAAGCCAGAGUGAGGGAAGAGGAGAGCGAAUUCUUGGGGGAGAUCCUGAUUGAGCUGGAGACAGCUCUUCUGGAUGACGAGCCUCACUGGUACAAGCUACAGACACAUGACGUGUCCUCCAUCCCGCUCCCUCGUUCCUCCCCAAACACACAGCGUAGGCAGCUCCAUGGAGAAAGCCCAACACGGCGCCUGCAGAACAAAGGCUCGUAUUCAUACUCAGGAUCGCAGAGGAUAAGUGACGGAGAGAUCUCAGACUAUGAUUGUGAAGACGGGGUUGGGGUCAUAACAGACUACCGGCCAAACGGAAGAGACUUCCAGAGUUCCACUUUGUCUGUCCCAGAACAGGUGAUGUCUUCAAACCACUGCUCUCGGUCUGCAGAAAUACAUAGAGCACGUUCACGGUCCCCCAGCGUCCCCCCACCCUCAAGCCGCAACCACCGUGUGUACCCAAUCUGCCGUGAGGAAGCGGUUAGGUUACUGCGUUCCACUAGGAUGUCCCGUGCCUAUUCUGAGGGCACCUACUCUUCUGACUAUGACUUCGAGAGGAGCCACGGAGCCAUGGAUAGGCACGAGUAUCACAGCAGAUCCCGGUCUGCGGACCAGCGGCCCACAAUAGAGCGCCAUGCAUCCCGUUCACGCUCUACUGAACGCCCCCACGACUCAUCGAUGAUGAGGUCCAUGCCAUCUCUACCAUCUGGGAGGUCGGCCCCUCCCUCACCUGCCUUGACGAGGGCUCACCCUCGUAGUGGAUCAGUCCAGACCAGCCCAACCAGUACUCCAAUGUCGGGCAGACGAGGUCGACAGCUCCCACAGCUUCCAUCCAUAGGGAAAGACGGAAAAGAUGGAGACGAAGGAACAGAGCCUUGUGAAGGUAUGGACAUGGAGGAGAGGACGAGACAGAUGAAGAUGAAGAUGAACAAGUACAAGCAGGGAGCUGGCUCCGAUUCACGACUUGAGCAGGACUACCACAAGCGUUCCAGUCGAGAUCCACGGGGCUCGGAUAACUUGUCCGCCAAGUCUUCAGACAGUGAUGUAAGCGACGUGUCCGCUGUGUCGAGAACCAGUAGUGCCUCUCGGUUCAGCAGCACGAGCUACAUGUCUGUCCAGUCUGAACGGCCACAAGGAAACCGCAAGAUCCGCCAUUUACGAUCAAGGAGCCCGUCUCGGGAGGGGGAUGAGCAUUUAGUUGAAGUACUAGAAGAGGAAGAGGCGGGCGGGAGAGGCGGAGGGGAUGGGACGAGGGCCAAUAAGGAAGGGAUGGUGCAGGGAGAGAGAAAGGGAUCAGGGAGCGAAGUAGACACACACGAACAGCGUCAUGAAGAUUUGCUGGAAAAAGAAGACGACUUGCACCAGCGGAGUAUCUCAGAGACUGACCUCAGGCAAAUGGGCUCGUCCAGCGGUAUGAACCUGACGAAGAGCACCAGCAUCAGCGGUGACAUGUGUAACCUGGAAAAGACGGACGGCAGUCAGUCGGAUACGGCAGUAGGCACGGUAGGCACUGACGACAAGAAGAGGCGCUCCAGCAUUGGUGCCAAAAUGCAGGCCAUGGUUGGCAUGUCGCGCAAGAGCCGGAGCACCUCUCAGCUAAGCCAAACAGAAGCAGGAGGCAAGAAGUUGCGUAGCACCAUCCAGAGGAGCACGGAGACGGGACUGGCAGUGGAAAUGAGGAGCAGGAUGACUCGACAGGCCAGCCGGGAGUCCACGGAUGGCAGCAUGAACAGCUACAGCUCCGAAGGAAAUCUCAUCUUCCCUGGUGUGAGGCUGUCCUCCGAUGCCCAGUUUAGUGAUUUUCUGGAUGGACUCGGGCCCGCCCAGCUGGUUGGACGACAGACCCUGGCGACUCCACCCAUGGGUGACAUCCAAAUCGGCAUGGUGGAGAAGAAGGGAGCACUGGAGGUGGAGGUCAUCAGAGCUCGCGGCCUUGUAGGAAAACCAGGUUCCAAGGCACUGCCAGCACCAUAUGUCAAGGUCUACCUUUUGGAGAACGGAGUCUGCAUAGCCAAAAAGAAAACAAAAGUAGCAAGAAAAACCUUGGAUCCUCUCUACCAGCAGCAACUGCCGUUCGAGGAGAAACCUGGAGGCAAAGUUUUACAGGUGAUUGUCUGGGGCGACUAUGGACGCAUGGACCAUAAAUCUUUCAUGGGAGCGGUUCAGAUACUGUUAGAUGAGUUGGACCUGUCCAACAUGGUGAUUGGCUGGUUCAAGCUCUUUCCUCCCUCCUCGCUGGUGGACCCGACUCUGGCCCCCCUGACAAGAAGAGCUUCCCAGUCCUCACUGGACAGUUUCUCGCGGUCAUAGCAGCGUGCGGACCGAUAGCGUUGUUGUAGCAGCCAAUGUUGCGAUGAAAGGUCACGCCCCCGGUUACACUGCAUGCUUGAUGUUGUGUCUUCUGAGCCUGUUUCUAGGGGAGCAAAUGUGAGCCUGUGUUUUGAGCAAAAAACGUUGCACACGUGGUGCACGUGGUGAAGCGCACCGCAAGCGCUUGGCGGCCGGGAUUGCCAGGAGUUGUUGUUGUUGUUCUUGGGACGAAACUGGAAUGAACUCCUUAGCACGAGGAAUCUGUCAUCUCCAGGUUUUCAUCCAAUUCGAAGCCAUGGGGUUCAGCACUGGGAACCACUAAACGAGUUCUACAGAAGCCCUUUUCGAAUGACAAAUAGAUGUUUGGCUUUGAUUUCAUUUUUUUGUUUUUUUUUUUUUUGUUUGUUUUUUUUGUUUCUUUUUUCCCUGGGUGACAGUGGUUUUCAUCGGAUGCUUGGUCACGCCACGCCAGCAGGCCUAGGAGUUUUUGCAGUCCAUUACUUUGGGUGAGGUGCGUCCCCCGCUUGAAUCCACACUCCACUCUAAAUCCUCUAAAAAAAAAAAAAAAAAUAGCCUGCAGACUCUCGGUUUAUGUGCUGGAAACUCAGCAGACAGAAUGAAUCAGAGGCGAUCCUGCAGUGGCUACAAAUCAGCGAGUCAUCCGAACCCGAUAAAAAGAUGUGCAAUCUACCAUCUUUCUUUCGUUCUCUUUUGAUAUAUUGUAUGACAAUUAUCUGAGAAAAAUAUAUUUUCCUUUUUUAGUUCAUUUGCAUGGACAAACCGAUUUAGCUGAGUAAAAAAAAAAAAAAAAGAAAAUUAUUUUCUUGAGGCUGUAACUUGCAAAAAAAAAAAAAGAUGAAGAAAAGUAAAUAAAACCGAUCAGCCGUUUUCAACAAUUUCUAUUAUUUUUAAAGAUAAAUUUCACUCGUGCAUGGUUUUCAAGGGGAGUGAAUGCAACAUCGUGACUGAGAUAAAAGUCAUCUCUUAUCAGUCUUUAGAACAUUCAAGAGUCAGCAAGACGAGGCGGGGCGGGGGGACAAUUUUGGAGUAUUUAACAGAUAAUGUUUUGUGUGACAAAAAAAGUGAUAAUGAAAUUAAAUGUAAAUGAUUUAUUUCAUGGUUAAAAAAGGCUCGAGCCUUAUAAAGAUUAACAUGAUGUGCAAAUUGUACAUGGUUCUCUUUUUCUUCCUUGUCCCAGGGUACUUCACAUUGUACUGUUCAUUACUACCAUUGUCCAGUCCCCUGAUAGUGUCCACAUUUUAGGACCGCUUAUUUCACGGUUUCAAUAUGGUUUUGGUAUGCAUUUGAGUUUGGAUUUGAUUUCUUUAACAAGCAUGUUGAAAAGGAUUCUCUGCAACAUGGCUUGGGCACACCUUAAAGUAACUAGCAUGUUUGAUAAAGAGGAUAUUUGGAAUUUUUGCAAUUUCUUGUACAGUGCAUGUCAGCUUCAUUCAUUUUUCCUCCCUCACGUUAAAUUGAAGUCAACUAAAUUACUUUUCCGUCUUCCAAUGACCAAUUAUUGACGUUUUAACAAAACAUUCCACUUGUGUUUUCUUUGAGGAUAUGAGGAGAAAAGUGACAAGGAAAAUAUUUUCUAUUAUCAGGGGGGGUUGACAAGUUGUGUAUUUUAUUUCGUUAUUGUUGACAAACAUGCAAAAAUAUUGUGUAUCGGUGCAGCAAAAGGUCUAUAAGUAAUCAAGAGGCAGCAAACCUGCAAAAAGAACACACGUUGCUGGGGUUCAAUACAAGCACUCUUUAUGAAACGAGCUAAUCACAGGUUCAAAUAACAUGGGAUAUUGCCACAGAAAAUGUUCUUGUUUCAAUGAAAAUGACAUUUAUUGACUAUAUUUUUGUUAGUUUUAUUUAAAAGCCAACACCUGAUUAUUUUUUAUUUUCUAUUUUUGGUAAUUUUAACGACUUCUCAUGUCUGGGAAGUAUAAGAAUCUUAUGGUUGCAGUAUGUCUGAAUGAAAUUGAACUGGGGCAUUAUUCCUUCUCCACGCGGAGAUAAUGAAUUUAAUGUCACUGCAGUAUAUAUUUUACCUUUUGAUUUUCAUUGUACAUACCUUUAGAUGUCAGACUUUGAAUAAACAAGAUUCCGUGAUGACACUCUUCUGGAGCAGGAAAAAUGCCUCACAUGAUGAAAAAGACAUUUAUCAAUUUAUCCUUUUGAAUGCCUUUUCAUUUUCUCUUUUUUGGUGCAAUGUGUUAAUGCCAAGGCUAUGUCUUGGUCAAGUAUGGUUGAGUACAGAGAUUUAUGUAAGUUAUUUUUCAAAUUAAAAAUUAAAAAAUGAUAUUACACUAAUGCGGACUGGUGUGUUCUUCGGGAUUGGAAUUGAUGCACGAUUAGCGAUGUAAAUAUGAUGUCGGUACAUGGACUAGAAUUUCAUAAAUAUGAAGAUGAUGAGCGGAUUAAUCCAUAGGCGGAUGAAUACAUUGGCGAAUUGGCGUAGUAACACGUGGUUGCAUCUCUACACUGAGUGAA